AUGCGGAGGGGCGGUGAGAGGGCUCCGCUGGAGAUAGGUACGGCGGCGGGGGGAUUGGAGGACAGGCGGAGGCUGAGCAGGGGGAACAAGGGCGUACCCAUCCUGCAACUGGCGAAAUCCGAGAUUCAGGGAGACCUUCAGGCUCCCAUUUUGGAGGAGGCGUCUCCCAGGCCUCUCAAGAAGCUCAGAAGCCCCGAGCGCCACCGCCCGCCUCCAUUUUCCUGCCCCACCACGCCAACGGCGACCGGCGGCGCCGCCUCCUCUUCUCGCCUUCUCUUUCCCUUCUCCUGCGAGGCGCUGUCGCAGCCCAAUUCCUCCCUUCUCCAUCCGCAGAGCCGCCAGCAGCAGAUGAUAUCCUUCUCUUACGGCAACCAGCUCGACCCCAUUGCCGCCGCUGCGGAGGCCCUCAACCUCAGCCCCCGCGGCCAUAUGAUCAUGGUGAACCCCUUGACCAGUCUGGAAGGAGAGGAGAGAUCUCCUCUCUCCUCUCUCUUCAGGCCCCCCUUCUCUUCCUCCGUCGUCUCCUCCGGCAAGCUCUAUAGGGGAGUCCGGCAGCGGCACUGGGGGAAGUGGGUGGCGGAGAUUCGCCUCCCUCGCAACCGCAGCCGCCUCUGGCUCGGCACCUUCGACACCGCUGAGGACGCCGCCAUGGCCUACGACUGCGAGGCCUUCAAGCUCCGGGGGGAGAACGCCCGUCUCAACUUCCCCGACCUUUUCCUUGGCAAGAAGGGUGGCGCCGCUCACGGCGGUGGCGGCGGUGGCGCCGCUCACGGCGGUGGCGGCGGCGGCGCCACCUCCGCUUCCUCUAUGCCCUCCUCCGCCGCCGCUCCCGCGGAGGAGGAGAUGGUCCCCCAGGCCUAUCCGCCGCUGACGGCAGAGGACGGUCCAUUGGACUGGGGAGGCGUCAUGGAUGAUGCUGCCUGGGUCAACGAGUGGGGGCCGGGGAGUUCAGUGUGGGACGACGUAGAGGAAGCCCACCGCCUUCUUCUCCAGUCACGGCCGCCGCCGACGAGCCCGCCGUCGCCGGCGGAGAUGGAGGAGGCGGCCAUGGCAGAAACAGCUGCCCCCACUUCCUUCUUCCCCAUGUCCAUGUGGGGAGGAGACAUUUAG